AUGUCCGGUAAAAAUGUGAAACUUUUGGUCGCUUUGAAGAACAUUGUAGAUAUCGUCAACAUUUGUGAUGAUGAGGAACAAUCCUCUGAACGGAGAUAUUGGGUAAAGCCCUUCCUUCAGAAUAGAGAGAUUCAUAGUCUGGAAAGUCAUCUUUUGAAAGAUAUACUGUGGGACUCAAAGGACUAUAAAAACUUUUGUCGUUUAAAUGUGGAAAGUUUCGAAGUUCUUCUUGGGCAGGUUCAUCAUAAAAUUAAGAAACAAAAUACAGUAAUGAGAACUUCAAUCAGUUCUCGUAUUCGUCUUGCCAUAACACUACGCUUUUUAGCCACUGGGGAUUCAUAUAGGUCGUUGGAGUAUCUGUCACGAGUUUCGCCCAAAACAAUAAGCAAAUUCGUACCAGAGGUUCUCGAAGCUAUUGUUGAAGCACUUAGACAUGAUCACCUUAAAACUCCUUCUACUCAGCAAGAGUGGAAAGCUGUUGCCGAAGGUUUUAAUAGUUUGUGGCAAUUCCCACACACUUUGGGUGCUAUAGACGGAAAGCAUAUCCGCAUCAAAAAUCCACAGCACGCAGGCUCCAACUUUUAUAAUUACAAAGGCACGGUCCUUUUAGCAGUAGUGGAUGCAAACAGCAAGUUUAUCUACAUUGAUGUGGGCGGCAAUGGAAGAGCAUCGGAUGUUGUUGUGUUGAAAAACAGCUCACUACAACAAGCCAUGAAUCAAGGAAAGUUGAAUUUUCCGGACGACGAAGCUUUACCAGGUCAAGUUGCAAAAACAUCGUACUUUUUCAUAGGUGACGACAUAUUCGGCUUGGAUCGCAACAUGAUGAAGGCGUAUAAUCGCAACAGAAAACUGACAACACCUGAAGAAAUAUUUAAUUAUAGGCUGAGUCGGGCUAGGAUGACAGUAGAAAUGGCAUUUGGAAGACUAGCAAACAGAUUCCGCAUUUUUCAUCGUCCAAUAGAAGUAGACUUGUUAACUACUGAUAAAAUAGUGCAGACUUGUUGCGUUUUACACAACUUUUUAACCAAAAGUUCAUUUGAUUUUCACGAUGAGCAUAAUCUACAACUUCCUCAAACAAUGACACCAUUACCAUCGCAAGAACAUGAUACGGUUCGAUUUGCAAAUCAAAUGAGGGAGAACGUAAAAAAGUACCUGAUCGAAGAAGGAGAUGUGCCUUUCCAAUGGCAGAAAAUUAAGAAACAAGUGGCCAAUCCUGUUUCAGUUACAAUUGAUUAA